UAUCAUCCUUCUUUCUUUUAAGUGCUGUGAAAAAAUUCACUUGCUCAGCUGCUAGAUGCUACAAAAUUUCUUGGUCUAGACUCUCUCUUAAGCUUUAGCCAUGAGUCUUUACAGUCAUGAAUAUGGAUUUGCAUAUGAGUAUUCAUAUAUUUAUUCACAGUUAUGAAUUGUGGAAACCAUAUCUCCGUGCUAUGAUGGAGAGUGAUAUGAAAGCCGUCAGCAUGGGCACAAAGAGCAAAACUGAAGUUUUGGAAACUUGCCUACAGCAAAUGAAAGCUUGUUUCGUAGAUGCCAAAUCAAACAAAGAAAAGCUCUUUGAAGCCAUGGCUGUGUUCUUUGAGAGAUCAAACAGAUCUAGUACCAAUGAGCAGAACACAGUCGCUGAGGUUGUUCGGAGAUGUAAUAUCUGCCAAGAAUCAGAAAUGGUUCUCAGGAGAAAACCGGACGGAAACUUCAUGGUUGGGUGUACGGGCUUCCCACACGUAGGUGUCUCUCUUUAAUAAUUUGAAAAAGAAAUUUUCGAACUUCUAUUGACUUUUCAAAGAAGUAUUAUAUGGACAAAUUUUGUAAUGAACCAAAGACAAGAACUGCUUCUCUCAUUCCAUUGAAUUACUGAUAUAAUAAUAUGUUUACAAUUUUUAUUGAGAAAAUUAAGUAGUUGACAUAACAUCCCAUCCCGCAUUGGUUGUGUGAUUACUUGGGUAGGCUACUACUUGACGAUUGGGGAUCAAGCAUUUUGGCUAGUCAUUUGGCUCCAAGAGUCCUGUACUAGUAAGUUUGCCCCGAGAUGAUUCACUUGAGUCUUUUGGCUAGUAAAUUUGUCCAAGAAAGACUAGUUGGGUUUUCUACUUUUCCCUUAUUAUUUUCCACCUGAUUUUCAUCUACUGUCCUUUUCCCUAUAAACUAAUAUAGGUGUAUGUGGCAUUGCAUAUUAGUAGUUCACUCUUUACAUUUUAAUAACUAUAAGAAAAAUAAUACUGAAGUCAUAUGCUUUCCCAGAGAAAGUUAAGAGAACUUAAAAUCUUGAAGUGGAGUCAACUUAGGAAAACUAGACAAUAUAAAGGACGCUGGUUAAUUCUUUCCUCAAUGUAAAUAUGUGAGAUCAUAUGAAUUGCACGUACCAAUUUUCUAUCAUAUCUCAUCUGUUUUUCCUUUUCUUGUAUUAAUUAGUUUAAAUCUCUUUCCCCAUUUUUCUGAAGUUGGUUACUACCAACAAGUUUUAGCCUGUCAAGGCCUUAACUUCUACACUUGAAAGAUAAAUGCCUGGACUGGAUAGGUGAAAUUUGAAGAAACGGGUAUAUGAUGCGACUUUUUAUUCUUAUGCCGAAAACAAUUGGUCUGCGACUUUUUGUUUUUAAGCCCAUAACAAUUAGUUGGGCAGAAAAUCCAUGCCAGUCACAUUGUAUAAUUUGGGUAAGGGCAUUUUAUUUUGGAAAGAAAAUGAUUAUUUUGCCAUUUUGUGGAAACGGGCAAUUGUUUGUGUACAUCUAGUCUCGAAAUAAGGUCACCAAGCCAUGGAUAAAGGGAGUAAAAUGCAUAGAUUGUAUCAUUGUGUAAUGCUGUAAUUUCCUUUAAAACGUGUGUUGUGGAAAUGAUGUAUAUUUCGAGUAAUUCCAUGUGUACAGUUAUUUGUUUAUCUAGUCAAUAAAGAAGUCUUGCCCUAUCAAG